CUAUUUACAGCUCUCCUUUGUUUUCCCAACUUCCCAGGAAUUUCAGCAAUGGCGGAUAUGCCUCGAAUCCACUCUCAGAAUCCGCCGUUAGCUCCAGCUCACUCUCAGCUCACUCGGAACUCUGACCCUGCUACUCCUCACCCCAACAGUAGGGAUGAACCCAGUGCUGGUAUGGAUGAUGCUCCGAAAUCCAAUGCCGUCUCCGCAGCCAAAGCUUCUAACCGGAAAAUACAAGAGCUCAGGAGCUCAGCAACUCAAUGUCGACGGCGCUCCCCGAGAUUGGUUGAGAAUGCUGGAGGUGACACCACUGCUGAACAGAUAAAUUCUGCCAAAUUGAAUGGUUUUACCCAGAAAUCUCCACCAUCGAAGAAGCGCAAGAGUGGAAAAAAGGUUUCCUUCUUUAUAGGCGACCCAAUUCCCGAGGAUGAAGCUCGACGCCGUUGGCCUUGGCGGUAUGAGGGAACUAAGGGUCUACAAAAUAAUCGAGAAUCAUCAAAACAUGAAGUUGCUAAUGAUGACGAUGAGGAGCUUGUUUUGAAUAUUAAGUGCCACUAUUCUCAAGCUGAAAUACUGAAGACCGUAUUUGAUCUUGGGGAUUGUGCAUAUGUCAAAGGUCCAAAGGGAGGUUCUAAUUAUAUUGGGAAAAUUCUAGAGUUUUUUGAGACAACAGAUGGUGAAGAGUAUUUUAGGGUUCAGUGGUUUUUCAGAGCUGAAGAUACGGUAAUAAAGGAUGAUGGGAGAUCCCAUGACAAGAAACGGUUGUUCUAUUCUACUUUGAUGAACGACAACUUAUUAGACUGUAUAGUUUCAAAAGUAAAAGUUGUUCAAAUAGCACCAAAUGUAAAUUUCAAAGAAAAAUCUAUUCCACCUUGUGACUUCUAUUUUGAUAUGAAAUACUCCGUGGAUUACUCAACAUUCAGUGUAAUCAUCACAGAUGAUAAUGCAGAUGACAGUAGUUUGACCUCUCUCACCAGUCCUCCAAUGAUGUCAGCCAAAAAGAAGGAUAUGAGCUGUAAAACAGGCAGAAAGUGUACUGCAGAUGGAGCGUCCAGUAAUGAUGUUUGCGAACCUGAGCUAGCGUUAUUGGAUAUGUACUCUGGUUGUGGCGGAAUGUCCACAGGGCUGUGCCUUGGCACUAAAGCAUGCGGUGUGGAUCUUGUGACGAGAUGGGCGGUUGACAUUGAUAAAGCAGCAUGUGAAAGCUUGAAGCUAAACCAUCCCGAGACACAAAUAAGGAAUGAAUCGGCAGAGGAUCUUCUUGAUUUGUUGAAAGAAUGGGACUGCAUGUGCAAACGAUAUGGGAGCCAUGAAGGUAAAGAACUUAGGCCAAGGAUAAUUGGAGAAACUGAUGAAGUCAAACGGUCAAAAAUGGAUCACAAAAAUUCUGACGAAUAUGAAGUUGAAAAGCUAGUAGAUAUAUGUUAUGGUGACCCCACCGAAAUGGGAAAGCGGGGGCUUAAGUUUAAGGUGCGGUGGGUUGGAUAUGGUCCAAGUGAUGAUACAUGGGAGCCAAUUGAGAGCUUGAGAAAAUGCCAAGACCGGAUACGGGAUUUCAUACUAAAGGGAAUGAAAGCAAAAAUACUGCCACGUCCGGGAGAUGUUGCUGUAAUUUGUGGUGGUCCUCCAUGCCAAGGAAUUAGUGGCUACAACCGGUUCAGAAAUGUUGAUUCUCCUCUUGAUGAUGAAAGAAAUCGCCAAAUUGUAAUUUUCAUGGAUAUUAUUGAUUUCUUAAGGCCAAAGUUUGUUCUAAUGGAAAAUGUAAUUGAUAUCUUGAGGUUUGCCAACGGCUGUCUAGGAAGAUAUGCUAUGAGCCGUUUGGUUCGUAUGCAAUACCAAGCCAGGCUUGGGAUUAUGGCUGCCGGUUGCUAUGGACUUCCUCAAUUUCGCUUGCGUGUUUUCUUAUGGGGUGCUCAAACUCAUGAGGUAUUGCCCCAGUUUCCUCUUCCAACACAUGAUGUGGUAAUCCAGUAUGGAUUUCCUAGUGAAUUUGAGCGUAAUGUUGUUGCUUACGAUGAAGGACAAUCUCGGAAUCUAGAAAAAAUCAUUGUGCUCAGUGACGCGCUUUCUGAUCUUCCUCCUGUUGCAAAUGAUGAGAAACGGGACAAGACGUCAUACAGAAAAGCCCCUGAAACUGAGUUUCAAAAUUAUAUCAGAGCAGCUAAACUUGAUAUGAUGGGUUCAUCUUCCUGUGAGACAAGUAUGGGCAAGAAUCCAGUUCUGUACGAUCAUCUGCCUUAUCCUUUAAGUGAUGAUGACUAUAUGCGUGUUUGUAAGAUACCGAAAAGAAAGGGCGCAAAUUUUAGAGACCUCCCAGGCAUUAUCAUUGGAUCAGACAAUAGGGUCAGACGUGCAAAGCAGCCAGAUUUGAUGCCAUCUGGCAAGCCAUGGGUGCCUGAUUAUGCUAUUAAUUUCCGUGAUGGGAAGUCCACAAAACCAUUUGGACGAUUGUGGUGGGAUGAGACUGUACCAACUGUCUUCUGUUUUCCGGAUCCCCAUAUGCGGGCAGUUUUACACCCUGAACAAGAUAGGCUCCUCACCUUACGUGAAUGUGCAAGGCUGCAAGGCUUUCACGACUAUUAUAAGUUCUGUGGAAAAUUGAAAGAAAGAUACAGUCAAGUGGGGAAUGCAGUAGCUGUUUCAGUUGGACGUGCGCUAGGAUAUUCAUUGGGAAUGGCAGUGCAAAAGCUGAGUGGAGGAGAUGAACAUCUCAUGACUCUUCCCCCCAACUUCUCCCAUUCCACAACUACUCAGUUGCAAUCUUUACUUAUUAAGUCUGAGCAGUAACUAUUCGUCCUUGUAUUGUACAAUAGACUGGGAGAUGAUGUUUCUCUCCAAAAAUUACUUCAACUUUGUGAGGAUUGAGUAUUAGGAUGCAGGAUAUGCUAAAUUAUUGUUCUUGGGUCAUUCUAAGAUGGAUUGGUUUUGUUGCCUUCUGCCCAUUUGGUCCCUUGGAUUAGGAGGGUAAGAUGCUUCUACCAUCAACCUCUGCUACAAGGAUCUUGAAAGAAUCGGGAGGGAGCGACAUGCCCAUUCAUCCUAGAGUUAUCCCGAUUGUUGAUGCCUAGGAAUAAACAUGACGAUGCAACAACGCUAUUCUUAUGAGAACUUGAAAAAAACUUGUCAUAAACUCUUUUUCUGUACUGUGUAUUAGCUCUCUGAAUGAAGGAAUGAACUACUACCCUAAUCUG